GAGUGCAUUCACUCCCGCGCAACGUUACGAAGUAAACAACACAGUUUUGAAGACAGAUUAUGUCUUUUAACUUUAAUUUUUAAUACGUGAUUUUGAAAUAAUUCAAAUUCGAACAAAGUGUAACAGUGUACUGAAUCGUUGAUUACGACAGAAAGUUUUUACGUUUAGUUUCGUAUUUCAAGAGUUUAGUGGGAUUAAGAAAUCAGAGCGAAGGUCAAAUUUCAUCAUAAUGGACGCAACAAUGGAAAAUAAAAUGGGUCUACCACCUCCGUAUGAGCCGAGCGCACCGAAUCCUGCCCCGCCACCAUCUUACUUCGGCGAUAACCCCCCGCCUCCCGCGGCUCCCACCACACAGCCGCGCACUGUGGUCGUCACCAGCGCUCCCACGUCAUCCGAUACCAGUGACAUCAAAAUAGGACCCCGACCAACUGGCAUUACUUGCCCCAACUGCAACAGAUCUGUUGUCACCCGGGUACACUAUGCGGCUAACAAUCGAACGCAUAUUAUAUCAGCUGGACUUUGUAUAUUAACUGGAUGCUGUUGCGGUUGCUUCGUCCCCUACUGCAUGCGAUCAUGUAAAUCAGCUAACCAUUUUUGCCCUAAAUGUAGAGCGUUCAUCGGUACCUACGCACCGUCUUGAUUUCAUUGCCAAUUAAUUAUUCAUGUUAAGUUAACUUGUGUACCUUUUAAAAAAUCUGUUAUUUUUAGAUAUCGGUAAAAGGAUUAGGAAAAAUGAAAAAUGUGUAUCGAAUACUUGAAAAUGUUAAAAUAUCAAAUAAAAAUUAAUGUUAUAUUGAAAGUAAAAUUCAAUAUGUGCAGAUUAUUAUUACAUUUUGAUGCAUAAAACUAUGAUCGUUUGCUUUUAAUAUCACAAGGAUAUAUUCACGUACAGACAUAAUAUGUGAUUUAAUUAUAUUAAUGUACAAUUUCUCUCAAUCAUUUUCUACAAACAUUUAUGGAAAAUUACUAUUCUGUGAUAUGUUUAUGAUUCUUAUUAGGUUAUUAGGUAUAUUUUAUUAUUAAGGUAUACUAGUUUAAUCAAGAAAACACAAAAUGUGUUGUAUAAAUAUAAUAAUUUUUAUUCGAAAUUUUCUACUUAUUUAAAUAUAGUUUUUAUACAAUCUUC